GCUUGCACUUCUCUUGUAUUGUUGCCGAAUCUUGUCGACAGCUCCGGUACUAUCGCUUAGAAAUUGCAGUAUAUGCUUACUUUUUUCCAGCAAGUGAUGCAGAAUCUGACGGAAAUAUUCAGAAAUAACCAGCGACAUCAAAUAACCAGGAAACAACACUGACGAGGAUAUUUUCCCUGUUAUUAACAAAGUGGAAAUUACAGUAAUGUCAUUUUUUGCUAAGUGCACACAAACGUGUCACGGUUUCAUUACUACCUGGCUCGCACCUCCGUUGUAUCUUGGAAUAUCGUGUCACUACCCAUAAAGAAAACAUCUGAUAAGAGUAGCCUACACUAGCCUAGCUAUUAUUUGUAAAGCAACUCAUACAGUACAGUGCGACUUCAUCUGGGGGUAAUGCAGAAUUAUAUUUAUAAGCAUUAGAAGGGAAAACGGAUUUGGAGUUAUACAACAUUUUUACAAUAUACGGCCAGGACACGUUUUGGGAAGAACGGGAACUGCACCAAUAAUUGCCUACGCCGGUGUCACGGAGAUAAAUCAGAUGGAAUCGCGGCUUCAGGUCAUACUGUAGAAAGUGACGAACGGGAGAGAAGUGUUUCGGGAGCGCCAGUCGAUGAUAGGGUCGCCAGGUCAGGCUUGUCUUGGUUGCGCGAGGCGCCAGCCCCCAUGGACCUGCGUGUGAGCCAGCGCUUGGUGCGUCCGGGCUCAGACACGGCCAUGCUCCUGCCCCAGCACCACCCUCUCCAGCUGGGCACGUUCUCCCCCCAGCCCUGCUCCCCGUACUCCCAGCAACAGCUGCAGCAGCACAUUCGGUUCAACAUGGAGCAGAGGCGGCACGAAGAGGCCAAGGAGAAGCAGCAGGAGCUGCAGCAACUCUGGCACAAAGACAAGAGCCAACAGAGUGCUGUGGCCAGUUCUGUGGUGAAACAGAGGCUCCAGGAAGUCAUUCGGAGCAGGCAGACGCAAGCCGCCCUGGAGAAGUCCCACCCCAACGGACCCCCCAGGGGAUACCGAGAGCUGGCUCCGGUCCCUGACGUUACACCCCCAUCCUUAAUGGCCACCCCCUGUGACGCUCUUGGGGACCACCCUCUGCGACGGACAGCUUCCGAGCCCAACCUGAAGGUGAAGACCAAGCUGAAGAAGCAUCUGCACACCAGGAAGAACCCGCUGACCCGCAAAGAGAGCGCCCCUCCCUCUGUCCGCCACCGGGCCCCCGAUACCAUGGGUGCGGCCCCGCCCGCCCCCACCCCCGGUGUUCCCUCCAUGUUCUUAUCCUCUCAUACUUCUCAAGUGUCACGUGUCAUAAACUCCUCCCCCAGCAGCAGCAGCACGCCGGUGUCCGGGUGCAGCUCCCCGAACGACAGUCUGCCCAGUGAGAACGGAGUGCUGCCCCCUGCUGGAGGGAUGUCCCCGGAGGCCCACCGCAUGCUGAUUCAGGAUGGCACAAUGGCCCACUUCUCCAUCCAGAACCCUGCUACCCUGCCCACCAUUACCCGUGGACUGCCUGCCAACGCAAAGACUGAUGCUGACCUGGGCUCUGUGAAGGGAGGCAGGAUGGUGCUGCUGCCGGGGGGGUCCCAGGUGUACCUGCCCCGGGGUCUGGAGGACCGGAGCGGGGCCAUGUACCCCCACCUGCAGCCCCUGCUGGUCCUCGAGCCCUCCGGCCUAGUGCACUCACAGCUGGUCACUGUUCCAGGGCUCGGGCCGGUGCCGGUCCAUUUUAACCCCCAGCUGGAGCGACUGUCGCCGUCUGGCCCACACAAGCCCCUGAGCAGGACCCGCUCAGAACCACUGCCCCAGAACCAGGGAGCCCUGAACUCACACCUGUUCCAGCAGCAACUCAACAGCCAGUUCCUGGAGCGUCUUAAACAGCACACUCACCUGGGCAAGCUGAUGUCCAAGUCCAGCGAGAAGCCCCGCCUCAGACAGAUACCCUCAGAGGAUAUGGACUCAGAAGAGGUGGGGCCAGGGCUCAGUCACACCAAUCACAGCAGAGUGGCUGAGCCUCUGCAUGAAGUGGAGUGUGUUCCAGCCAAUGAGGACCAUGUCAACAUGCAGCACACCCUUCACCAGCCGUUGCUAUGGGAGACGCAGAUGCAGCAGCUACGAAGGCACAUACCUCACACGGAGAAAAUGGCCGUUCCCAUAAUGCACCGCUCCCUGUCUCGCACCCAGUCCUCGCCCGCCUCCACCUCCCUCACACAUCCAGAGAAUCCUCACCCGCUCCCCACCGCCGAGAUCUCCAGCAAACCGCGCUUCACCACGGGCCUUGUUUAUGACUCUCAAAUGCUAAAGCACCAGUGCACCUGUGGAGACAACAGCAACCACCCCGAGCACGCUGGCAGGAUCCAGAGUGUCUGGUCCCGGCUGCAGGAGAGAGGCCUCAGGACUAACUGUGAGCGAAUCCCAGGCCGGAAGGCCACCCAGGAGGAGCUGCGCUCGGUGCAUUCAGAGCGCCACGCCCUGCUCUUCGGCACCAACCCUUUCAACCGCCUCAAGCUGAACAGCCGCAAGCUGGACGGGCUGCUGGCCCAGAGGAUUUUUGUGAUGCUGCCUUGUGGAGGAGUCGGGGUGGACAGUGACACUAUAUGGAACGACGUGCACACGCCCACCGCUUCUCUCAUGGCUGCCGGCAGUGUGACAGAGCUGGCCUUUCGGGUGGCCAAGGGGGAGCUGAAGAAUGGGUUUGCAGUAGUGAGGCCCCCAGGUCACCAUGCAGCUCGCUCUACACCCAUGGGUUUCUGUUACUUUAACUCAGUAGCUAUUGCAGCCAAGCAGCUCCAGCAAAGGUUUAACCUCAAUAAGAUUCUCAUCGUAGACUGGGAUGUUCACCAUGGCAACGGUACCCAGGAUGUCUUCUACGCUGACCCCAGUGUACUUUACAUCUCCCUGCAUCGCUAUGACGAUGGAAACUUCUUCCCAGGCAGUGGAGCACCAACUGACGUGGGAUCAGGGAAAGGUGAGGGUUUCAACAUCAACGUGGCUUGGACAGGUGGCCUGGACCCUCCCAUGGGUGAUGCAGAGUAUCUCGCAGCAUUCAGGACCGUGGUUAUGCCCAUCGCUCAGGAGUUCUGCCCGGACAUGGUUCUGGUUUCGUCUGGGUUCGACGCGGCAGAGGGACACCCUGCACCAUUAGGGGGGUACAACGUGUCUGCCAAAUGUUUCGGGUUUAUGACCAGGCAGCUGAUGGGCCUGGCCGGGGGGAAGGUGGUUCUGAUCCUAGAGGGGGGUCACGACCUGAUGUCCAUCUGCGACGCUUCGGAGGCCUGUGUCAGCGCCCUGCUGGGCAUGAAGAUGGAGCCCCUGUCUGAAGAGGUUCUGCAGGGGAUACCCUGCUCCAACGGGGUGCGCUCACUGCAGAGGGUGCUUCAGGUCCAUGGUCAGUACUGGCAGUCGGUGAAGCGCUUUGCCCACACAGUCGAGCUGUCCUACACGCAGACCCAGAGACACGACCACGAGGAGAACGCCACAGUCGAUGCCCUGGCCUCGCUCUCUGUGGGGGUGCUCAACACAAAGAGCCAGCCCCACGAGCCCAUGGAUCACACAGGAUGGCAUUCACCAGAUCCACAUCUGACCUCUGACAUUUGACCUUCACUUUUGGUACUCUCAGUAACUACAAGUGACCGGACCUCACAAUGUGUACACCACCUGUUGCCUCAGACCCCACUGCAAAGCGUCCACCCGACCGCAAGUUCCUCAUCACCGUACGCACCUUAACAGAGCCCUGACGUAGGCCUGUUCACAUCAGCAAGUGCCUUUCCGCACACAGUAGUUUGCACACUGUUGCAUCAAAACCACUUUCGUAAGCCCGUGAAAUAUCAACAGGAAGACACGGCUGCAUCACUAUGGUUCUGCUUUUUUUCUAUUUUUAUUCUUUGAACUUGUUUUUGAAGUGCACGUCAAUUUUAAGCAACGUGUUUCACUCUCUCUUUUUCACUCGACCGUAAUCGUGGAUACCAAAAGCCGGGUGGUGCAGCAGAAUCUGUGUUAGCUCUCAAGCAGACAGCGUCCCUCAGUGAUGGGCGAACGAGGUGGUCGAGCAUGGCUGCUUUCUCAGACGUGGUCGACAGUCAUGUCCUAACCACUAAAGGAGGGGGAGUGGAAGGAGACUCAGUGUAAUAUAGGUGCUUUGUGCUGUUUGCACUCUGCAUUCCAAAAUAUGAACGAUACUACAGUAUGAUGAAUCAUUUCCGUCCACAAACUGUGACUUCACUCAGUCCUCUAGGCUUUAUUCUACAGAGGGAGUGUUCUGUUCUUUAAUAUGAAGACUGAUUAAGAGUAGUUGACCUGCAGGUUUAUUUACAGUAGCAUCUAGUGAGGUAGUGGGGAGACCCAGUUACAGUGACUCCAGUCAUUCUGACAGUGAACACUUUAUAAAGUCACACUGAAGACCAAACAAAUGACUGUUCCAUUCCAUAGUUAUCUGCAGGCCCCUCAGUGAAUUCUGCACCUGGUUUAGUGGAUUCCUGCACGUGUGUGUGUACUGUAUGUGUGUGUGUGUGCAUGCAUGCGUGUGCCGGUGUGUGUGUGUAUGUGUGUGUAUGUGUGUGUGGAUUACUGCAGGAAACAAACUCAGACACGCAGUAAAUGGCCUUACAACCCACACGAACACACAUUACAAACGCUGUUUAUCAUCACUGACACAAUAACCAGUGAGUAUAGUGAGAUAAUAUGAAAAAUCUAAAAAUAUUAAAACCCACUUAUGACCUUUAGCCAUGUCUAUAACGGAUAACACAGGCUUUAAAGUUUAUAGAGAAAGCCUUGCACUUAAAAUGUCUUAAAAGUAUGUUCUUACAAAAAAUGUGACUGCACUAUUUACAGUAUGGAUUCAAAUAUUUCUUUUUCACCAAAAACAUUCCUGUUGAAAUGUAUUCAAAUGAAAAAGACCAGUUUUGUACCUGUGGAUAGACAUACCUACUGUAUUUUGAACAUAGCUGUGGAUAUACAAUCAGUUUAAAAACCAACCGGUGGGUUCAGGGCUGGAAUUAAUUAGUUUAUAAGAUAACACAUCUCGGAAUGUUGUUCUGGGUUUGUUACUCAAUUGAAAUGCAUGCAGAGCUCUCCAGUGGGGUUACAUUUUAUGGUUGUCGGUAACUGACCAACUGAAUUUGUUGCACAAUAUUUAAUUGUUCUCUGUGAAAAUUGCAUUUUCAUUUUUCAAAAUGUUUUGCAAUCAGUCACACCCCUCAGAGACCAGACACAGGCUGUUAAUACCACAGUCCUGCCACUGUCUAUUCAUACAUUUGUUGAAUAGUCCAGAUUACAGCUGGUGUACAAUGUGUUUUUACAUCAUAUUUUAGCCGGUUCUACAAUCAGAUAAUGUUUAUUUUUUAUUUUUUAUACAGACUAGUGACAUCGACAUUUUAAAAUGAAAUAUGCUUUUCAUAUAUGUGGAUAAAAAAAAGCUCUCUUCUUCUCAGUGCCUUCCUAAUAAGCAUCUUCAAGUGAAAAGGGCUGCCCAAGUCUCUCCUAUAGCAAUGAUGAAAUCAUUGCCACUACUGUGCUUCAAGCACUGCAAGGACCUGGGCCAGCCUUCUGCCUAUUAGAUCCUACACAAAAACUCAAACAUAUAAGAACAACGGCAUUGUCUGGAACCUCUCAGAGCCAGGAGCAGCCCCUGCUCUUGGAUGUCUUUAUGCUAAAUGCCUAAAAAACGUUCAUGAAAUGUGCCUUUGGCGAUGUCUUAAAGAGUAGGUUUAUUUCCAUGUCGGGUAGGAGAAGAUAUGUUUUAUAUACUCCAUCUUUUGUUGUUGAGGUGUGAAGUACGGAGCUAAUGGUCUUAAUAGGAACUUUUUUUUUAAGUUGUUAGUGUUGAUUUUGUAAAUAGCUCUCAAGUACCAAGACCAAAGAGACAGACUUUGCCUGUGUGCCUUGAACUGUCCUUAUGUAUUAGAGUAGUGUUUGUCUUAACAAACUGGAUUUGAAUUUCAAAUUAGCAGAGAAUAGCAGAAUCGUAUUUUUUUCCCCUCCUUUGUUGUUUCUUCUUUGUGUUUUGUAUUAUGUGUUUUUUGUACAUGUUUUGUAUAGGUAGAAUUAUUCUGUACUGUUUUGAUUCCUUUAUUAAAAGGGAAUAAAAUAUAAUUGUGCACUGUU